GCGGGCGGGCAGACGGGCGGCCCGGGGCAGAUGCGGCGACCGCCGUCCUCGGGCCCCGCGACGGCCCCGGGGCGUGAAGGAGACGCGCGAGGCCUGAGGAAGCGAGGCCGGCGGCCGGGGCCAGGCGAGGCAGCAGGUGGCGGCCCUGAGGCCUGGGGGCGCGACGAGAGCAGGCAAAAGAGGAGGAUGGUGGCCCGGACGUCUGGGAGAGAAGAGGUGAAAAGUGACAAGUCGGAUGAGGCGUCCAGGGCUGGGAAGGCCUCAGCGAGGCGGCGAGUGGAGGGGCCGGGGGGCCAGGUGGGCCCGUCGGACCAGCCGGGCUUAGAAGCAGUGAAGGAGGCGGAGCUCCCCUUGCAAUCAGGAAGACACACCAAGGAAAAAAGAAAAGUUACUGCAGUCUCAAGUGAUGAUCCACAGCCAGGGAUUGACCUGGUAAGAAAGGAAUCAUUAACCAGUUCGGAAUCUUUCCAAACAGUGGAAUGCAGUGAAUUUCAAAGUAUGGCUUUCUUGCAGUCUUUGGGUAAGGAAGGUUUGGUAGAAGGUAUUAAAGGAAGAAUUCGAAUUAAAAAAUUUAAAAGCUUAGAAAGCCCACCUCUCAUAAUAACUGAAAAUAAGGCUACCCAAAGUAGUAAGGUUGAAUUCCAAGAUGAACUGUACAAGAAUACUCCAAAAUAUUCUUGUAACAGCUUGUCACCUGCAAUAGAAAAUAAUUCCAUUUUAAAAUUAUAUGAUUGCAAUUCCUUCCCCCAAUCCAAGGGUUGUAAUGAUGAAAAUAAUCUUGCAUAUAAACCUGAUGGUGGAUGUAUGCAUAUACUAGAAAAUUCCUCAAAGUUAAAGAAAGAAAACCCUAGGAGUCUUACAGAUAAGAGUGACACAAAUAAUAUUGCUCAGCUUUUACAAACUGAAGAAAACUUAGUGGGAGUAAAUCAGUUAUUGCUUGAAGAAAAUGAUUCAUACCAAAGUAAAAAUAAUGGCUUGCUUUCCUGCUUUCAAAGUGAAAAAAAUAAACGUUCAUUAGAGGAGAGCAGUGUGAGAAAACCCAGAAAAAAGAUGAAGGUGUCCGAAAAAGGAGAUGAAAUGGUUAUUGAGGUGAAGUUCUCUAAUGUGUAUAACAAAUCUGAGCUGAUGUUACAUGAAAACCAAACAGGUGCUGAAGGUAAAGAAACAGAGACUUUGGAGGCUAAAAAAAGUCCUUUAAAAGUUUUGAGAAAAGUAAACAAUAAUACACUGUCACCAAUGGAUCAUUUAUUAAGUCUUCCAGAAACAAGGGAAAAAACAAGCCCUGAACAUCAUGUAAAUGCUAUGUUUCAGAAAACCCUUGAGCCACUUUUGAAAGAAGAAACAAAGAAUGCUUCAGAGCCUUUAGGAUGUAAAAGCAUGGAACCAGAAGAGUGUUUUAAGUCCAUGAAAAACUCAGUAGUGAAGUCACCUAGCGCUUGCCAUCAUAUUGAAAGGAGACCUUUGAGGGAAGACUUGAAGAAUGAAGCUGAAGAAUCUAAAUUUAGCUGUCACAGAACAAUACCAAUGACCGGCAAAAGAACUUGGCCUUGUUAUUCAUGUGCUAGAAUAUCUGCCCUGUGCUGGAAAAAGGCUUCCUUGCCACAAUCAAGUAACUUUCUUCCUGAGUCUCAAGAAAGUUAUAGGCAAGAUGAUUUUCUUAAACAUCAAACAAAUCAAACUCACUUAACUGACUCCAAAUUAAUGCUACAAAUAUCUGUAACAGAAACAAACAGUGAAUCUUCAAGUAGAGAGAAACUGGAUUCUAAUUUAAAUUGUUUAUCUUCAGUCACUGCAGUGGAACCUACUUUAAUGGUUAUAAAGGAACCUAUAAUCAAUGAUGAUAAAAAAGUGAAGUCAGAGGAUCGAAGAAGUGUGUCAGAGGUAGUUUCUAAUACUACCGAAGCUACUGCAUUAACUAAUGUGACUCAAAACUUAACAGGAAGUAAAAAAAAAGAUAGAGGGAAUUUAACAAAACUGAAUUUGACAGUGGCUUCCCAGGAUGGCCAGGAAGCAAGUAACUCUACAGGCAAAACUAUUCAUCAAAAAGCAUGCGUUGCUAAGCAAACACUGAUUGUUCCAGACUUGGUCAAGAUAUUGAAUACAGGACGGCUGACUAAUUUUAAAAUUCCUUUACUUAAGAACAAAACAGAAAAAAGAAAAGAAAUAAAUGCCAAGUUAUCAGAGAGAAAAGUAUAUAGUCCCCUAGAACUUCUUGACAGUUUAUCUGGAGCAGAGGUAAGGCAGAAUAGGACUAAAGAAAAUGGCACCACAGUAACUUCAAGACCUCAAUCUUUGAGCAUACAAAAUAGUGUAAUUCCAGUGCAAGCUGGUUCUGACUUAUACUGCAGUAAGAAUCCCUGUAUUAUUUCUCCAAGCUUUUUAAAGCAAGGUAAUGAUAAUAAACCAUCUAACCACAUCUCUGAACCAGGCAAUAUAGUUUCUAAUAAGGAAGCUGUUUCUCUGAAAGUUGAAAAUAAUACUUUUUCUUGUGAUCCUGGGUGUAUAGAGACAAGUCCUGCCUUCUGCUCUAGUGAACAAGAAACAUUUGAAGCAGUUUCCUCUGAAGUUAGGGGUAGAAAAAUGACUAAGAACUUUUCAGAUAUUAAAGUGGGGUUUCCAGAUAUUCUUAAAGCAUAUGAAGAUGAUGUCCUCUUAAUUGAUGUAAUUCAAGAUGACCCAGACCUCUUUGGAGUCUCCAAUGAAGGGGAGCUCUCAUUUACUUCAGAGGUUCCCAUGAUAAGCCAGGAGCCAAAUGUUGCUGAAGAGCACCAUUCAACGGACACCAAGCACAUGGAACUUCCAGAAAAAAAAGAACCAAGUGAUGACUUGAGAGAACCCCCUGUACUGGAUCCUGAAUCGAUGAAGUCAGAGAUCUGUGCUUCUUUGUCAGCAGCAUGUGAAAUAAAACAUGAUUCCAAAGGUGCAGACAUUUCCUUAGGGGAAGUUACUAAUGAGACCUCUUCAAAUGAAAAACUGGGAGACUUCAGUGAACACACAAAAAGUUUAGACUUGGAUGAAAAGUGUAGAUUUUCAGACAAGGUGACUAUUCAAGAAGAAAAAGAAAAUAUUUAUGAAGUUUGCAAAAGCAGCGAUUCUAAAAAUACAGAGAUUAUGGUUGGUGAAUGUCAGUUAGCAGCAUUGGGCCCCAAACCUCUGUGCUUAUCAGUGCCAGUGCCACCUCUGACUCUAAGUACUCAUCAGGAAGACACAUUACUGAAGCCCUGGAUGAAUGAUUUCAGAUUUCCAGGAAAACAUUCUCUCCCAAAGCUGCAGAAUCCUGAAAUUUGUGAAAUAUUUAAAAGGGAAAAAAAUGUAGGGGUGUUCCAGAAGCCCCUAGGGUUGAUGAUACCCCAUAGAUAUUGCAAAUUUCAUUUUAAUACAUUACGUGGCUGUGAGCGAUCACAAUGCAAGUUUGCUCAUGUGCCUGAGCAAGGGGAUGAAAAGGUUUGUAUGGAAGUGUUUAAGAAAUAUAUAAGUAUCAACGAGCUGUGUUUGCUACAGCGUGCAGUAAACAUGUUUAUGGAGUACUACCGAAAAUUUCCUCCGGGUAUACACUUUGAUUUACAAGUGCUAAAUGACCUUCUAAAUUCUUUACUCAAACAUUGUCUUUUGAAAGAAGUAUUUCAGGUCAUGAACCUCAGCAUAAUGAUUAAAAUGCUGCCUGCCCUGAAAAUAUUACUAAAAAUAUUCGAGUAUGUGGCAACUAUGAAAUUAAGGAAUGCUGUACCUGCUUUAAUUGAUAUCUUUUGCAAGCUUGUUGAAGCUGGGAUGGUACUUGACCCAGAGCACUUUUACUAUAUUGUUAAGCUUUUAUACCAAAUACAGGCUUCCAAGCAAGAAAUAACUGCAGUUUUGGAAAUGAAAUCCAGGUUAUGGAUGCGGCAAUUUAAAAUGAACUGGAAGUGUGUUUUAGAGUCAGCCUUGAGUGAAGUAGAGCAUUGUAAAGAAAAAGGUGACUGGACCAAAUUGGGAAAUUUAUACAUUAGCAUAAAACUGGGCUGUGAAAAAUUUGCAGAUUUCCAGAGAUUUUGUGCUUGUGUUGCUGAAACACUAACAAAAGAUUGUAAAGAAGAGAGACCAGGUGUUCCGUUUUGUGAAUUCGCUGAAGCAGUUAGCAAAGAUCCACAAAAUAGUGAAGUAGAUAAAACUUUGCUGGGAAGAAUCGGAAUCAGUGCUAUGUACUUCUACCACAAGCUGUUACAGUGGUCCAAGGGAAGGAAGGUCUUAGAUAAACUAUAUGAAUUAAAAAUACAUUUUACAAGUUUAAAAGGACUUAUAGGGCCUGAGAAGUUAGCACCAAGAUGUCAAAUUGUGAAUAUUGCCGCAGAAAUUUUUCUAAAAAGUGGAAGCCUAGAUGGUGCCAUUUGGGUACUAAGGGAGUCAGAGUGGGUCAUCAGUACACCACUGUGGCCUUGUGAUAGGCUGGACGUGCUCAGUCGCCAUAAUCUGCUCUGUACAAUUGCACAUGAAAUCUUAGCGAAGAGUCUUUACAGACAGACAUUUGAAGUUCUGCAAAAUCUACCAGGUUUUCAAAAUUCUCAAGAAACUGUGGAGGUCUCACAGUAUAGCCUUCUUUUUAAUAAACUUCUGGAUGCCUGUAUAGAAAGCAACAGUCUUGGUAUGUCAUCCUCCGUAGCAGAAUUCAUGAUUUCAAAGAGCAUUCCUAUUGAUUUUUCCUUUCUUAGAAGAUUAAUUACUUCUUUAGGACGAAGUUGUUUAUGGCUCAAAGCCAGAGCCCACUACAAAAGUGCCCUUUCAUUGGGUUGCUACCCAUCAUUGAAGGGAAAUUUAUACCGAAAACUUCUACUGAUUCCUUGCUAUUUGUCUGAGAUUGAAAUGCUUUUAGCUAUUGAAAUCUUCCUGGUAUCUAAUGCUAGUAGUAUUCAGAGUCCUGGAACUUCUACACAGAUGCUGCAGAUAGUUUUAAAAAGAUGUGAAGAAAACAAAUCUCGGAGCAAGGAUGAUUAUCAAGCUGCAGUGGAGAGAUUAAUUAUGGCUGCUCGUGUAUCAGACCCAAAGCUUUUCAUUAAGCACAUGACCGUCAACGUUAAUAAGGAACAGGUUUAUAGUUUGGAACAUUGUUCUGCCCUGAAAUGGUUGAAAGAGAAUAUGAAGUGGGCUGGAAAGUUUUGGCUUUUCAGUAACCAUUAGUUAUUAAAGGCUUUUUUUUUUAAGUUCAAGUAAUCAUUGUUGAAAAUAAAAGGCAAUAACAAUAAA